GAAUGACCAUCAAGACCAUGACUUUGAGCUGGUGCCACACAGAGGCUUUACUUUAAUCAAAGGAACCCACGACCCCGAUGAUGUGGACCUCAUUCAUGAUCUUGAGGUCCGAGAUUCCGAUGUGUUUGUGGUCACGUACCCUAAGUCAGGUGAGGUCUCAUGGAUGUAGAUACCAGUUGGAUUUAGCUGAUUUCUGCAUGAUUUGGUCGUCAAAUAUCACCUGAUCUUCAUGUAAGUCAAAACUGACAUUCAUAGUCUGUUUAUGUUAAUGCUACAAGAAAAAAAAAACAUGUUUCCAUGUUUUUAUUAUUAAUAAUAUAUAAUUGGUUUUUUUUCUGCCAUCUAACUCAACUCUGGUUUCACUCUUCCACAGAAGACCAUUGGUAAUGCUGUGGAACACUAUUGUGCUAUAGUGUUUUUAGGGUGUUUUGACACGCCCCCAUUAUUGUGUAAUAUUUUACUUCCUGUAGAUGAGUUGGUCAAGAUGUGCCAGAUAUUUGUCCUCAGCUGACAGACUCUUUGUCGGUCAACACCUCCCUCCUAUUAGUUAUUGAAGAAGUCAUUAGUCUUGAGGUCCAUUCUGCAAUGUGAAUAUUUACAUAAACACAACAAAACUUGAAAUAUACCAUGCUCCUUAGUGAUAAAGUUAGAAGAUACACUAGCAAACAAGCUUUCGUCUUCCUCUUUCGGCAUUUGGCAAGUCAGCCUGCUGUUCCUUACCCUAUCUUGACAAUCCUCCCUGGUUGUACCUCUUUUCUUCAUGUCCUUGUUUUCACAUCCACUAACCUUAAUGGCUGCCAUCCUCUCCUUCUUUUGCCUGGUACCUCCAUGUCUACCAUUCUCUGUCUCUUCUCUCCAGCUGAGUCUAGCCUCCCAAGCUUUGUCUCCAAACCUUUCUCCAUCAGAGGUCCCUCCGAUAUACUCAUUUUCAAUCUUGGUCCUUUCUGGUCAAUUACAAUGAAAACUUGAGCAUCAUGAUCUUUGACAGUCUUUUAACUCUGCUUGCAGUAGUUAAACCCAAGCAUCAUUACACCAAGAUUACACCUGACAGUCGUCUCCACCCAUUCGACCCUGCCUGUACUCUCCUCUUCUUCUCUUUCAAUCCCUGUCCAUCACUCAACAGUAUAUGCUGCUCCCAAAUGUUUGAAGCCAUAUUUUCUCAAAACCUCUUGUCCCUAUUCUUCACGAGUCAUCCUGCCUCUAUCUCCCAUGUACAUGUCCUGUGCAACCCUCACAUACUUCCUCCUGACUUCCUCAUACAAUACAGCAAUUACAGUAACCUUCUCUUUACAUCUCUGUCAACAUCCCCAGAGAACAACAAAUCUGGUGCUCUGUCUCAUCAUGAACCCAUACUCCUGUUCACUAAUACUGUCUGUUCUUUUAAACCUGGUCUCAUUGAUUCUGUCCCAACUCGUUGUGAUGUGACUCAUCGACUUCAUCCCUUUAUUGUUGCUGCAGAGAAACUUUGUUACACUAUCUCUCCACUUGUCAUCCACUUAGCCUUCAAAAUUAUAGAACAUUCUAGUCACUGAGUUCAUUUCUCUCCACAACUCCACUGGUAUCUUGUCUAAGCCUACACCCAUUCUGCUCUUGCUUCCUCUUAAGUGCUUCCCUCACCUACAUCUUGCAAAUUUCCUUAAGUACCUGGACCACUGUCUUGACUUUAUCCACCUCUUUCUCUCUCUAUCAUUCUCCAUCCAAGCACUCCAUCCACCCUUCCCUCCUACUUGCUGCUGUUGAUCAGCCAAACCUGUUGCACAUCCUUCUCUGCUCCCUAUGACUCUUCAGGUUUCUCAUCAGUGCUCUAGCACCCUACUUGCUAUCCUGAAUACAUCCCUUCAUCAUUCCUUGUUAUCCAGUCUCUCAUGCAACUCACUAUAAGCCUCUGUCUUAGCCUCAGCAACCUCUCUCUUUGCCUGACAUCUACACACAAAGUAACCCCUGUUUACUUUUUUCUGAUGUAUUCCUGGACCUCAUCACUCCACCACCAAGUCUCUCUGUCCUCCUUUCUCUUCCCUGAUGAUGCACCUUACACUUCUCUAUGCCCUCAGUGAACACCUCCCUCGACACUUGUAAGCUCCCCUGUGUUGCUCUCUCUUCUGGAAGUAGGUGUUCACCACUUCCAUCACCAUCCUGUUAGCAACGUCUACCACCAUCUGGCCCUCUGAAUUCCUGACUCCAUAUCUGCUCAAUACUCCCUCAUCUCCUCUGUUUCCUUCACUUGUGUGGCCAUUGAAAUCUCCUUAUGCCACUAUUCUCUCCCUCUGGGGAACACUGUACAUUACCUCAUCUAAUUUCUCUCCCUUUCUUCUCCUACUGCCAUCUCAGCUGUGAUGCUUCAGCACCGACUACGGUUAUCAUGACUUCUUCUACAUCUAGCUCCUUCUUCACUUCCAUAACAUUGUUCCUACACUUAGUCUGAUCUUUGUUUUCUCCCUAAGUCUACCUCCUCUUAUCUUCUGUCCUCGUCUUUGGCCAACAGUAGCACCAUUUCCUCUGGUGUCCUGCAGGCUAACACCGAAGGCCAACCUUGUUAAACCAGGCGACAGCUGAUCCGGGACCAUCUGGAUGCAGCAGAUUCUUCUGCUCAUCGAAGCCAAGGGUGAUGUCAAGGCCAUCAGUGGGAAGGGCAAACUGUCAAAUGGUGACCUGAUGCCAUGGCUAGAGUUGACCGGUCACUCUCGGGCAUUUGCAGCUGCACCCUCACCCAGGCUCAGGGUCACCCACCUGCCCUACCACUUGAUGCCUGCUGCUUUAACCCAGAGGAAGGGUAAGGUGAUAUACAUUGCCAGAAAUCCCAAAGAUGUCCUGGUUUCUUACUUCCACUUCCACAAAUUAGCAACCAUGCUAGAAACACCCAAGAGUUUUGAUGAAUUCUUUGACAAAUUCAUGACAGGAGAUGUGUAUGGGUGCCGCUGGUUCGAGCACAUUAAGACGUGGUACUCUCACAGGGAGGAGCUAAACAUGCUGUUCAUCACUUAUGAAGAAAUGAUUCGAGAUCUACACUCAUCUGUGAGGAACAUUGUUGCUUUCUUGGGCAAGGAGCUGACAGAGGAGCAGCUGGAAAGCGUGGUGAAACAUAGCACCUUUGAUAUCAUGAGGAAGAUGCCUCUGGCUAACUAUGAGCAGGUGCCGGGAGACCUGCUGAACCACCACCAAGGGAAGUUCAUGAGGAAAGGAAAGGUUGGUGACUGGAAAAGUCACUUCACGGUGGCUCAGAGUGAAACGUUUGACAAAGUGUUUCAAGAAGAAAUGAAGGACUUUCCCCUGUCGUUUGUCUGGGACACAGAGGGAUAAGUGUCUGAGGAACCCCAGAGAACCGAUUCAUCUCUCUUGUGCUUUUUUCUUCACUGGCUAUUUUGGUUCACGUACAUUGACUGUCAUGUCAAGCCUCUACCUUGAAUUUUCAGAUUCCUAUAUUGUAUGCUGGAUUAAAUGUAACUUAGAACGCAACAGAUUUCUAGGUGCUCUGGUGAGAGAGAAUGGUGCUCAGAUGUGUUUAUUUACUGCCUCCACCGAGGAGGCCCUGUCACCACCUUUGUUUAUCUGUAUGUUCAUCUGUAAGCCAAAUACUUUGAAAAGUUCCAGACAUGGUUACAUGAAACUUUCAGCAGAUGUUGAUAAUGGAACAAGGAACAGAUGGUUAAAUGGUGGUGGUGUCUGACUAGACUAAGCAUCGCCUAGAUAACUUGAUAAAUGGUGUUGUUCAUUUGGAAAUUUUCCAGUCUCUAUGUAAGACUUGACAGAGAUUUGAUCAUUCAAAAAAAAAUAGACACCGCCAUGAGCCAAUAGAAUUCUUGAAUCAUAAAAUUACUACUUAUCUACUCGAUUUAAAACUGUGUUUUUGAUCGAUUUUUAAGUUGUCUUUCACUUCGUUUAACAGGACAGUUAAACGACAUCUUUGAGCACCCAUAAGUCUGUUUAUAGCUCUCAGACAAACUAGUUGAGUAGUUUCAGUGAUCUAGUGAUCAUCUGAGACUUUUAUUUGCAGGUUUCUUUUGGCUUUUUCUUCUUGCAGAGGUGUAAAACUGGUUGUUUUUAAAAUCACAAACCUGAUCACAAAGCUAGUUCAUGGGUGGAUAGAUUCUUUCUGGAGCCAAAGCCGAGUCUGGCUCUUGCAGAUAACAUGCCCUCCAGGGAGGAGUUUUAUAACUUCUUAUUGUCUAAAUGUACCGGUACUCAUUUCAGGAGUGUCUGUUGAUCCUGCAGCUUCGUCAUUCAGAGAAGAGAGUGAAAAGUCGUGCCAGGAUCAUAGUCCCACAGCCUUGCAUGCACACAAUAAAAUUAUUAACAAGAGAGAUCUUCACGUGUUAACCAGGUACACAAAGUUUAUUUAGACGCCUGAUGUUUAUUAUGGACCGGGGGAGUUCAGCAUGAUCUUAGUCGUAAAAAAAAAAGGUGAUUCAUUAGAUGAUAAAUGUUCUGCAGCCAUUGAUGGCAGUUUGAUGAAUCAACUGUAUAACUGACAGUGUGAGAGUCUUGACUUAGUUCUCCUUCCUGGGGAACUGGUCUGGUUGAUACCAUUUUGCUGUCUGUGUAUUUUGAAGAUAGCCUUUACCAAUGACAAAAUUAUAGCCGAGGUAUCAAAAAGUUGUUCACUUUUGUUGGUACACCAGAAUUGCUACACCUGACCUCUCAAUCAUCAACUCUUCUGCCUCCGUUGAGAGAAAUACUGUCAAAAGACACAUACAGGACAACUCCUUGUGCUGUGCUUCAUUGGACUGAGUGAUUAAAAUCAAGAGAGAUGGGAA